CAUCAAAAGACAGCAAUUACACAAUAUGUCCAAAAUAUUUCCUCUCUGUUUACUUUGAAGAAAAAAAAAUAGAAUGAGACGUUAUGUUCUAGAACUUUAUACAAGCUGUUGUAGUAGUUGCUUUUGGUAUUACACUGUAUCGAUACAAUCUGCAUAUAAGGAGCUCUCACUCCCCGCUGGUGUCACUGCUGACUGGUAUUCAGACAAAAUGGAAAACACAGAAGAUGCAAGGGCUUUUCAGACAAACGCCAAAGUUUUCUCUGGUGGCAUGGACAAAGUACAAAUCAUUGAUUACUAUAAUAUGUGGAAUGACUAUGAAAAGGACCUUCAGCCCGGGCGUUACAAUGGCCCGGCUUACGCUGCUGAGGCCAUUGACCGGAGCUUUCCGAGCAACAAGGAUAAGGUUCUGAUCCUGGAUGUGGCAGCUGGGACAGGAUUAGUGGGAGAAGAGUUGGUAAAACGAGGGUUCAAAGAAAUACAUGCUUUGGACCCAAGUGAGAGUAUGCUAAUGAAAGCAAAGAAGAAGAAUGUCUACAAGAAGCUUUUGUGCGAGUUUGUAAAUCCUGAGCCAUCUCCAACAAUUGAAAAUGAUGCAUACCAUUGCGUGGUUUGCUCAGGAGGAUUCGGAAGUGGACACAUUCCUGCAGGUGCUCUGAGAGAAAUGAUACGAAUAACUAAACCAGGUGGAAUGAUUGUUGUAGUCAUGCGAGAAGAGUACCUUAACAUCCCCGAAUACAGCGACAGUCUGGAACCCCUCAUGAAACAACUUCAGAACGAGGGACUCUGGAUGUGCAUAGAGAGGUCGGUCGUUCACAAGUACUUCUGCGACAAGCACGGUGUCAUAUUCCGGUACAGGGUACUGCAUCGCCAUUUAUGAAAACCACGUGACGUCACUAUCCAAUGAAUUACUGAAUUCGUGUGCAAUGUGAUUAAAAAAACAGAGUGCACGUUUGGGUUUUCAACGCAUCGCAGAGCUAUGUGAACAAAAUAUUUAAUGUACAAACCUUCGUCUGUAAUAUUCUAAUCUAAAAAUUAUGAAAGGGGGGGGGGGGGUUCCCAUCAUUUAAUAUUUUUGUUGAUAAUAAUUUUAUCAUUUUUGAUGGAAUAAUCGUCAAAAAACUAAGUUUUAUAAAAAGGUCGCAUUUGAUCAAGUUCUGGUUGGGUUGUAACCAUAUUGAGACUAACAUGGGGUUGUGGUAACAGCCCAUGACUUUGUCUUCCUGCAUAUGCACCUUCUGCUCUAAAUAUUAAGAUGGAAAUCGGCGUACUUGAAUAAGGGUUUUCAAAAGCGUCAUCACAGGGGUAAACAUUUGAUUACUCAUGGAUUAAAUCAGGGAAGUAUGUACUAUAUUGUUAUUUAUGUCAAAUAAAUAUUAAUAUUGUUGAUAUUUGUAUACAGAGUGUAACAUUUCUAUCACUGACAUUCGUAUUUGUAUAUAAAAUCAUUGCUUUUCUUAAUAAAGUCUUUACACGCAAUAUUCAAGCUUUUGAUUUUGUAAUCAGAACUGUUCUUUUUAUAUCGCAUUCCAAUAAAGCAAAAACAAAUGUCAAAAUUUUAAAAUUGUUAUAUUGGGUGAUGUCGCAUAAAUCACCCUCGAGAUUAACAAAAACUCAAUGACAUCAAUAUAAAAUAGGCAGUUGAUCUUCAAAUUCUUUAUUCAAUUUCCUUCAGUCUUAAUUUCUUCUAAUAAAAAAACGAUUCACAAAAUCAAUACAUCAGAUGACCUGAUUGUCAUGGUAAACUAUACAUUUAUGUCAACAACAGGAAAAAAUCGUCUCAAAUCUUGAGAUGCUUUGGUGAAUCUUUUACAUAAUAAAUCUUAAACGGAUAUGUUUUACAUCUUUCAGAGAUAUUUGAAACAAUACUCAUUCUUAAAUCAAAAUUAAUAUGCAUUCUUUCCAUAAAUUUAAUUCACUGAUAAAACAAUAUACUCAUAUCACAUCCAUAAAUAGAAACAUUUUAUCAAAAAAAAUUUCGGUUAUUCAAGAAAUAUGCCUGCAAAUGAUAAAAUGAUGAUAAUGAAAUCCAAUACAUCAUAUAUUCAUAAUUUUCUUACGGUGUAAAAUAGUCUGUAUUGACCAGAAUUACAAUCUCAAUAAAUGUAGAAAAGAUCAAGUUUAAUUUUGAGUACAAAAUUUUCAGUAGAAUAUAAGUUGCUUCAGAAAAACGCAAGAGCAUAGAUAAAAUCAUAGUCAAAGUUAUUAAGGUCAUAUUGUAUCCAUUUGAGUAUUUUUCAUUUGAUUUCCAAUAAAAAUUUUGAUAAAAUACAGGGAAAAAUAAUACAUCUCAGGGAAAUACACUUAAAGGUUCUUUAAAUUAAAAAACAUUUCAAACAAAAACAUCAUUCGAAAAUUAAAGCCUUUACAUUUUGCUUCAUAUAAGAAAUAAACGAAUAACAGAGAGUCAAACUAUUUAUGAAAACUUGUUUUCUUUAACAAUGCCUGCAAAUACUGCUUACACAAAGAAAAUUAGUCUUGCACUACCAGUUAAAUAAAAUGUCACUGCGUAGAGUCAGAUUAGCAAUUUUGAACCAAUCCUUUAAUUGCUCAUCUGAAAUUCUUCUAAAAAAUUAUUAACAGACACAACAGUCUCAUUUUGAAGGAUGUAUCCAAGAAAAUGUGGUAAUCUUUUUUUGUCUAUGUGUCAUACAGGUAUUUAGUCAGGCAAUAUUUCACAUUUCAUAAAAAUUGCAUGAAAAAGUUAGUAAAAAUUGAUAUAUGAGAAUUAUACAUAAUGUCACUUUAAAACAAUCCUUUUCUGGCGAUCUGCUACCAAAAUACAGCUCAUUUAACAAUGACAGGAAAGGCACUGCAAUAAAUAAAUACUCAUGAUAUUUUACAAAAUAUAUAUAUAUCUAAAUAAAUCAGCUCAAAUUGAAAAAAA